AUGGCCGCCUUCACGACAGGCGCAGAUUGGUCCUUCCCCGAUGAGAUUCCGGGCUCGUGGCAGUCUGGUCAACAGCAGCGUGGACCGCGACCAAACUCUCCCCCGACCUCUGAUGCACCCGAUGAUGCUCCCCGACAGCCUCCAGAGCCCAAAACCGCUGAGUCGCGAUCGAAGCCCAGAAGAAGGCACUACCCGCCUCGACAGUGUCGCAUCUGCCUCGACGUUGUGCAGCCCACCUUCCGUUAUGACACAGAGUCUCCACUCCCGGCUGCAAUGCAACCAGCGCCACGUGUUACUUACGAGAGCGAAGAGGGUGGCCGCCUGCUCAGUCCUUGCCAGUGCAAGGGCAGUCAAAAAUACGUGCAUGAAGAGUGCCUAGGGGCUUGGAGACGUGCGGACCCGACGCAGAACCGUAACUACUGGCAGUGUCCGACUUGUCGCUACAAGUAUCGACUGCAGAGGUUGACAUGGUCGAGCUGGAUCAGCAGCACCGCCUCGCAGCUUGUGCUUACACUUCUUAUCUUCUUCGCUUCCAUUUUCUUGCUCGGCUUCGUCGCCGACCCUAUCAUCAACAUGUAUUUGGAUCCCGUCAAUACGAUCGCUACCGCCGGAGGUCCUACUGGGUCCUUGAUAUACGAAGAUGAGCCAGCCACUUGGUACGAACACAUGGCCAAGGGCCUUGCCUCGCUAGGACUGCUGGGAUUCGCCAAAUUCAUCCUGACCUUGUCGCCCUUCCACUGGAUUAGGAUGGGCGGUGGAAGAACGAACGUCGGCGGUACCGGCAGAGACAGGAUGCAACAGCUGAGCUGGAUCACCCUUGCGAUUGGGAUCGUCACAUUCCUGUACGCUGUCUGGAGGGGCGUGCGAGCCUGGAGUAGAAAGACACUGGAGCAAGCUGGCGAACGUGUUCUAGAUGUUCCAGGUACUGCUGAGGAUGACGAUGAUUCUGAGCAGGGAAGCAGAACCUGA